UGUUGGUUUUAUUUUUCUUCAUGCCCUGGCCCUUCGUCUGCAAUCUGUGUGGUCCGACCUCUACUUAUCUUAUCACAUUCAACCCCCUCCCCUUUUCAUCACUAAACUUUGUCAUAUCACUCUUUACUAUUUAGUCCCAUUAAGUUCCCCCUCCCUUAACCAACUUGAAAAAUAAAACAUAAAAAUUGAAUUCCCUUUCCAAACUUCAAAGAUUCCAAUCACGUAAACUUAAACUAACCCCGAAACGACGCCGUCCAACAGAAAGUAUCCAAACACAAACAUAACCAAAUGACUGACCAAACUAAAUUUUGAAGUCCUAUUUUCUCCAACCUUCCACUCUCUAUAUAUAUUUCCAAUUAGCGUACAUUUUCAAACACUCAUAUCUAAUAUACCCCUUCUUGUAUUUGUUGAAUUGAUUUCUGAACCACAAACCCUAGCCACAAUGCCUUCUGUGCACUCUAGCCCCUUCUACCACUUAGAGAACUCAGCCAUAUUUAACCUAAUCCGGCACGGUCAUACGCCGGGCCAAAAACGUUCAUCGAAAUCUUCAUCCGGAGGUCUUCUCAAGAUGUUCAAGCUCUUCCCCAUGUUGACGUCAGGCUGCAAAAUGGUUGCUUUGCUAGGCAGACCCCGAAAGCCGUUACUAAAGGAUCAUGCCACAACAGGUACAAUUUUCGGGUAUCGAAAAGGGAGGGUGAGCCUAGCAAUACAAGAAGACCCUCAUUGCAUGCCACUCUUUGUGCUCGAGCUGCCAAUGCACAGUAGUGUGUUUCACAAAGAAAUGGCGUCAGAUAUAGUCCGAAUCACGCUGGAGAGCGAGACGAAGACGCACAAGAAGAAGCUGACGGAGGAGUUUGUGUGGGCUGUGUAUUGCAAUGGAAGAAAGGUAGGGUAUUCUAUUAGGAGGAAGCAAAUGUCGGAGGACGAGCUUCAUGUUAUGCAAACUUUGAGGGGUGUUUCGAUGGGGGCAGGGGUUCUUCCAUGCCCUUCUGAUCAGAAGGAGUACGCAGGAGAUGGGGAAUUGACUUACAUAAGGGCAAGGUUUGAGAGGGUGGUUGGAUCAAAGGACUCUGAAGCUUUGUACAUGAUUAAUCCCGAUGGUGCUGCAGGGCCAGAAUUAAGUAUUUUCUUUGUAAGAGCUCAUUAGCUUAGCAAAAAAUUAUGUUCUGUUUUCAUUAAUUAAUAUAGGUUAUUUAAUGUAACUUUCUGUCUAUGUAAACUAAGGUUCUCAAAUUCAUGAAUUGAUUGUUUUUAACUUCAA